AUGGGGAAGCUGCAGCUCUGGCUCCUCGUCCUCGCUGCUCUCUCCGGGAUCACGGCCCAGGAAGACCUGUACCGAAAGGUGUUCGUGUUCCGGAAGGACCCCAGCGAUGCCUACGUGCUCCUCAAGGCGCAGGCGGAGCGGCCGCUGCAGAACUUCACCGUGUGCCUGAGGUCCUACACGGACCUCACGCGGCCCUACAGCCUCUUCUCCUACGCCACCAAGGCGCAGGACAACGAAAUCCUCCUCUUCAAGCCCAAGCCGGGCGAGUACCGGCUCUACGUGGGGGGCAAGUUUGUCACCUUCCGCACCCCCGAGGGCCGCUGGGACUGGGAACACGUCUGUGCCAGCUGGGAAUCGGCCACCGGCCUCACCGAGUUCCGGUUCAACGGGAAGCCCUGGCCGCGCAAGGGGCUGCAGAAGGGCUACACGGUGGGCGCCGAGGCCGUGAUCCUGCUGGGGCAGGAGCAGGACGGCUACGGCGGCGGCUUCGACCCGUACAACUCGUUCACGGGGGAGCUGGCCGACGUGCACAUGUGGGACGCGGGGCUCUCGCCCGACAAGAUGAGAGCCGCCUACCAGUCCCUGCGGCUGGCCACCCGCUUUGCCUCCGCAGAGCACCCCUAG